AUUGCAGUUGCGUAUAGUCAGUCGAUCGGUCGGUCGUCAGUUGCUUUGCUAUCGUAUCAGGGCUCGUCGCGAACAAAAACGGAAAUUCAAUAACGAAAGUGCGUGGGUGUGAGUGCAGUAACAGUAAAAGAGAGUAAACUAAAUUGAAAAUGAAAGCGUUCAUUAUCGCCAGUGUGUGUUUAAUCGGCCUGUGCACCUUGGGCUCCGCACAGUUCCAAAAUGGGCGUCUCGAACCACCAAACCCACAACUCUGCGCCCAGCGUAUUAUUCACGAGAAGACACCCGAUGGCAAAGGAUACUUCUUCUCGUGGAGAGACCCACAAUUGAAGGGUGUUGAAGAGGAUUGGCUGACUGCCAGGAAUUAUUGUCGCAGACGUUGCAUGGACUCUGUUUCUCUGGAGACCAGUCUGGAGAAUGAAUGGAUCAAGCAGCGUGUUGUAGGCGAAAAUGUAAAAUACAUCUGGACCAGCGGUCGCUUGUGCGAUUUCAAGGGCUGUGAGCGUCCCGAUCUGCAGCCCACGAAUGUCAAUGGUUGGUUCUGGACCGCCACUCUGCAGAAAUUGGCACCCACCACAGAGCGCUCCCAGGGCGAUUGGUCGCCUAAUGGUGGCAUUGGUCUGCCACAGCCGGAUAACCGUGAAUUCAAGCAGAACGGCGCACCCGAAAACUGUUUGGCUCUGUUGAAUCAGUUCUACAAUGAUGGCGUCAACUGGCACGAUGUUGCCUGCCACCACAAGAAGCCCUUCGUCUGCGAGGAGAACGAUGCACUGUUGAAGUAUGUGCGCUACACAAAUCCCAAUCUGCGCAUCUAAAUCGCUCAAAAAUAGAUCAGACCAGGAAGCCGAUGUUGGAAUUUAAUAUGGAGUUGGACUCAUUGACAGCAGCAACUUCAGAUAAACCAAAAAUGAUAUUUUACGUAGCCACUACAUACAUACAUACAAACGUGUACAUGUGAGAACACAUUUGUUCAUUACAGUGCUGCUCUCGUACUCUUGUACUUUAUGCUAAUUACUCGUACUUUCUGAGUCUCUUUCAAUUUUCCGGCAAUUGUGUAUGUCUUACGUAUGAUUUUUUAUAACAAUUUUCCCAGCCUACGCGCUCUAUUCCUCAUCAAUUAGAUUAAUUAAUAAUUUUGUAUUAAUUUAUGAUUUUUUUAAAUUAUAAUAUAACAUUCAAAACGACAAGUAAAACAUA